GGCGAGGGUCCCCGCGCCGGGGCUGAGGGACGCGGCGGAGGCCGUUUGCCGGGUCCCCCCGCGACCUGGGGCGGCACCCCCGGGGCUGACCUUCCCGCUGGACCCCGGGAUGGCCUGCCGGCCCCAGGGCCGGGAAGCCGGUCGCACCUUAUUCGGCCGUGCCAAGUUAAGCUGCUGUCGGAAUUCGCUUCCUGCCAUUAUUAGCCUGAGCGUGUGUCUCGAGUUGCUCCAAGUUCCGUGCGUGGAUUUCCAUGUUCACUGACUUAAUUCCCUUUAACCUCCUCGGUGUGCUUUCUCAUAACUGAGAUUUUUUUUUAAAUGACUGGAUUGGUUAAUUUCUUCCUUAAAAUUGCAUUCCAGACAUUUCCCUCAGGUUGUAAGCAAGCCUCGGAAGCAUCACUGUGGAUUUGGAUUGUACAGGCGUACAAUAAUUAAAUUUGUAAUAAAUCUACAGCUAAAAUGGACAGUUAUUUUAAAGCAGCUGUCAGUGACCUGGACAAACUCCUUGAUGAUUUUGAACAGAACCCAGAUGAACAAGAUUAUCUCCAAGAUGCACACAAAGCAUAUGCUUCUAACUAUUGUCCGGUUUCAUCGGAGCUGGCAUCCUCACAGCUAACAUCGCUGCUCCCUAAGGGUCAACAGUGCAGUCAUCACUGUGGCCCAUCGGCAACAUGCUGUGAAACGAAUGAGAUUUCCUUGAAUGAAAAAACACUUGAAGGACUGACUUCUCUACAGACUGGAAAGAACGUCACAGGCCUCGAUCUCCUCUCCUCUGUGGACGCCGGCACGUCCGAUGACACCCCGCCCUCGUACAUGGGACGGUGCAGUGAGCCGGUCUGUGAUCUGAUCAGCCACACGAGCGACCUAGUUCAUGCCACCAGCAGUGAAGAGGAUAUUAAAAAGUUACUGCCAGACGAUUUGAAGUCCAAUACAGAUUCUUUGAUUGGAUUGGACUUCUCAGUGUCGGAGAGUCCUGCUGUUUCUUCAACAGACUGGGGUAGUGGGAGUGUCGCAGAACAGAAUGAGAACAACUCUGAAUGGCAAACAGAAGGAAUCAGUGGAACCAAAGGUUCAGGUUUAGAAGCAGACUUAACACUUUCAGAUUCUGGUAAGCAUAACAGAACAGAAGAUUUAAAGGAUGAAAAGACACCUGGUCGGUUAGCACCAGCUGUGGAGCUGAACACAUCCUUGGCUCCGACUCAGCCGAGUGCCGGAUUGUUUGAUGCCAAAGACAGCCUCCAGGACAAGAGUCAGCCACGUGAAACCUUGGAGGAAGCUCGCUGUUUGGUACAAGAAGAGCUGGAGGUGGCUGUGGUUCCUACCGCAGAGCACUUAAUAGAAGGAGGUAGCACGAGUGCUGUGCCUGGAAAUGGUUUACUCUUAAAUGAUUCACAUUCAGAAGAUGAAAAUUUCAAAUUACCUGAUUUUUCCUUUCAGGAAGGUAGAACUCCUACAUUUAUAAAACAAAUUGGUGAAGAAGACUUAAGGAAUGUAGAUCCUAAAGACAAUAACGAUGUGGUCCACGAGUGCUCCCCAGCUUUACAUGAUUCCAGAGAAGACGCUCCUUCCUCUGUGUCCUGUCUUCCCUUGCCUGGCUCUCUGUGUGGGUCACUCAUGGAACGCAAAGCCUGUGGUGAUUUGUCACCUCCGAGCGCCCAUGAGGACACUGCGCAGGAUGCAGGGGCAGUACGUGACAGGCAGAAGUCAGUUCUGGAUGGGGAACCGUGCAGAGAGAGAUUGCUGCUCCAGGAGCAGAGGCACAGCCACGUACUCCUUCAGCCUCAGGCUGAAAGGAUGAGGGAUGGGAAGGUCGGUCGCAACCAGGUGGUCACCAGGGUUGAGUCUCUGAGUGACCCCGGUCACACCAGUGCUCCCGCAGCCGCAGGGCCCCACGUGGAGCUCUGUGGUGCUGACGCCCCUGAGUCUCCCAGUCCUUGUGAAGGGCUCACAUUCUCAUGCAGUGAUAUAGAUGGGCAGGACUUGGAUUACUUUAAUAUUGAUGAGGGAAUGAAAAAUAGCUCAUUAAUCAGCGAUGCUGAGCUUGAUGCCUUCUUGACAGAACAGUAUCUUCAGACCACUAGCUUGAAGUGUUUUGAAGAAAAUUUAAAUGACUCAAAAUCUUCAAGCAACCUGACAAAUGUGAAGGGUUUAGGUGAAGCUGACGUGGAAAAUAUAUAUUUUAAUGCUGAAGCAGGAGCUGCUGGGCAAAGUGGGGGUGUCAGUAUGGUUUGUGAAGCAGCUGACAAGCACAGUAUAACAGAAGCCAGUGGGUUUCCUUCAGUGGAAGAAAGCGCAAGUCCACUUGAUCAAGGGUUAUCUAGCGUUCAGUCUAAAGCGAUGAAUGAACUACCAGUCCCUGACACCAGCAGUCAGCCUGCUUAUGUGGGUGGGGCCAGACCAAAGCUGUUGUUUAGCCCUCCAUCCAGGACAAGGAGUUCAAAGGAACAGAGCCAGCUGGAUGAUCCAAAUAUGCCAGAAGAUGAAGCCAGCAGCGUGAAUACCAACACUGCAGCCACUUGUGCUGCAGCUUCUACUGCAGAGCCUCAGGCCAGCUUCAACUCCAAUUACAUCGAUAUAGAAAGUAAUUCUGAAGGUGGACCCAGUCUUAAAACUGCAAAUGAAGAUGCUGUGCCUGAAGACACAUGCAAAGAAGGCUUGGUUUUGGGCCAGAAACAACCUACGUGGGUCCCUGAUGCAGAAGCUCCAAACUGCAUGAAUUGCCAAGUCAAGUUCACUUUUACAAAACGACGACACCACUGCCGAGCAUGUGGGAAAGUAUUUUGUGGUGUCUGUUGUAAUAGGAAGUGUAAGCUGCAGUAUCUAGAAAAAGAAGCGAGAGUGUGUGUGACCUGCUAUGAGGCUAUCAGUAAAGCUCAGGCUUUUGAAAGGAUGAUGAGUCCAACUGGUCCUAAUCUUAAGUCUAACCAUUCUGAUGAACGUGCUGCUGCCCAGCCUCCUCAGGGGACCCAGCCAACCAGCGCACCUUCACCUUCAACUCUGCCAGUCUCAGCGCUUAAACAACCAGGUAUAGAAGGACCGUGCUCCAAAGAACAGAAGAGAGUGUGGUUUGCAGAUGGCAUAUUGCCUAACGGUGAAGUUGCAGACACAACAAAGUUAACAUCCGGAAGUAAGAGGUGUUCUGAUGACUUCAGUCCUCCCUCACUUGACAUGCCCACGACGGCGGACACAGCGAAUCACGUCCAUCCUUCUACUGUGGAGAAACCAAUCAGUGAAUCAGGAGAUGCUACAAGAAAUGAAAUAAUUCAGAGUCCUGUUUCUCAAGUUGCACCUGUGGGAAAGCUGCCUCUCCUCACAGGCGCUGAGGGGUUGCCUGCUGCAGGUUCCUUUGUUCUAGAUGAUGAUGUUUUUACAGAGAGUGAAGACUUGCCUGGUGCCCCUGGUGUCCCCGUAAGCAAGAGCUGGCCGACUGCUGGUAUUUCAGACUAUCAGUUACUCUGUGGGAUUGAGAAACACAUUUGCAGUAAGAUUAGCCUUCUGCCUGAUGAGGAGGACGGUUUGCCCCCACUGCUCACUGCUGCCGGAGAAAAGGGGUCAGCACCUGUAGUUGAAGAGCACCCAUCGCAUGAGCAAGUCAUUUUGCUUCUUGAAGGUGAAGGGUGUCAUCCUGUCACAUUUGUUCUAAAUGCUAAUCUCCUUGUGAAUGUGAAAUUAGUUUUUUAUUCCUCAGACAGAUAUUGGUACUUCUCAACCAAUGGAUUGCAUGGCUUGGGACAGGCAGAAAUCAUGAUUUUGUUGUCACGUUUGCCAAAUGAAGAUACUGUUCCUGUGGACAUCUUCAAACUGUUUGUCACCAUAUACAAGGGUGCUCAAAAAGGAAAAUACAUAGAAGACUUGGACAAUGUUACGUUUACUGAGAGCUUUCUCGGUAACAAGGAUCACGGCGGGUUCCUGUUUGUUGCGCCCACUUUCCAGAGCCUCGACGGCCUCCCACUGCCAAGGAGGCCUUUCCUCUGUGGGAUCCUCAUCCAGAAGCUGGAGAUGCCCUGGGCAAAGGUUUUUCCUAUGCGCUUAAUGUUGAGAUUGGGUGCCGAAUAUAAAGCGUACCCCACUCCUCUAACCAGUAUCCGGGGCCGAAAACCUCUCUUUGGAGAAAUAGGACACACUAUUAUGAACUUACUUGUUGACCUUCGGAACUACCAGUAUACCUUGCAUAACAUAGAUCAGCUGUUGAUUCAUAUGGAAGUAGGGAAGAGCUGCGUUAAAAUACCUCGGAAAAAGUACAGUGAUGUAAUGAAAGUGAUCAGUUCUUCUAACGAGCAUGUCAUCAGCAUUGGAGCCAGUUUCAGUACCGAAGCCGAUUCUCAUCUGGUCUGUGUACAGAAAGAUGGAGUUUAUCAAACCCAGGCCAACAGCGCCACUAGCCAUCCCAGAAAAGUGACAGGUGCAAGUUUUGUGGUAUUCAAUGGAGCACUGAAAACAUCUUCAGGAUUUCUUGCUAAGUCCAGCAUCGUUGAAGAUGGCUUGAUGGUACAGAUAACCCCAGAGACCAUGGAUGCCUUGCGGCUAGCUCUGCGGGAGCAGAAGGACUUUAAGAUCACGUGUGGGAAAGCUGAUGCCUCAGACCUGAGAGAGUAUGUGGAUAUCUGCUGGGUAGAUUCUGAAGAAAGAGGAAACCAAGGUGUUAUCAGUUCAGUGGAUGGAAUAUCAUUACAAGGAUUUCCAAGUGAAAAAAUAAAAUUGGAAGCCGAUUUUGACACUGAUGAGAAGAUUGUCAAGUGUACUGAGGUAUUCUACUUCCUAAAGGGCCAGGAUACAUCUAUUUCAUCCACUCAUUACCAGUUUGCCAAAGAAAUCGCCAUGGCGUGCAGUGCUGCACUGUGCCCACAUUUGAAAACUCUCAAGAGUAACUGGAUAAAUAAGAUUGGACUCAGAGUUUCCAUCGAUGUUGACAUGGUUGAGUUCCAGGCAGGGUCUGAAGGCCAGAUUCUGCCACAGCAGUACCUGAAUGAUCUUGACAGCGCCCUCAUCCCUGUCAUCCACGGGGGCACCGCCAGCUCCAGCGUGCCCUUAGAAAUGGAACUGGUGUUCUUCAUUCUAGAGCACCUCUUUUAGUCAGGGGAUGUGUCCGAUUAUGUACUGUUAACUGAUUUGUUAACCCUAACUGUAGCACUAAAACGGAAAUGCCACAAACACUAAAAGCCAGUACGUUCACUGUUUGAAACACACAUGCUUUGCUUUUUAGGCAGCCAUGAUCUUAAAACAUUAGCACAAUAUUUAAAUAUCUGAACGUUUAAGGGAGCCGCAGUUUGGAGCUUUACUAAAAAGACAAG